ACCAAUGUGAGACUAAUUGAAGCUUUUUUCAAUUCACCCAUAGUUCUUCUACUAGUUACACACUUGUUCCAACAAUUAAUUACAUUGAGUCACUGUUACCACGUAGUAGUACUGGUAUAAAUAAACAUUGCAUCAUUGGAAGUUUCUUCACGUAGCUAACAAUGUCGAUGGAUGAAGCAAAAGGUCGAACAGUUGGUGGAACAGAAUAUAGCUGGUGCAAAGCUAUUCAUGGUGGCACUGGCAUUGCAGUUCUAUCACUCCUCCUCACAAAACCCAUCGACAUUUCCCGUUUUCAAACCUCACUCCACAAAUUACAAAAUUCUCAUCCUAUCCUCAGAUCAAAACUCCACCAUUCCAAAACAGACACUACUUUCUCAUUCAUCACAUCUCCUAUUCCUUUCAUCAAAAUCCAAUCUCACAACCUCAACGCCACUUCCGAUAUUCUCCAAAAAAACCAAAACGACACCGUUUCUAUUUCACCACUACAACAAAUCUUAGAACACGAACUGAACAUUAACACGUGGCAAGAUCGUAACCGUUCUGAAACUGAUUCUGAUAUGUUGUUUGUGAGCAUUUAUGCUAUGUCUGAUUCAACAUCGGUGGUGGUUUUGCGACUUCAUGUGGCAGCGUGUGAUAGAACAACGGCGGUGUCGAUUUUGAGGGAAUUGCUUGUGUUGAUUAAGGAUGAUGAUGAUGAUGAUGAUGAGAAAACAGAAGAAAAUGGUUUGAAUGAGAAAAUUUGUUUGGCUAUUGAGGAUCUUGUUCCUGGUCGUAAAGCAAAGAAACAUAUUUGGGCACGUGGUUUGGAUAUGCUUAGUUACUCUGUUAAUUCUUUUAGGUUUACUAAUUUGAAAUUUAAUGACACCAAAAAUGCUAGGUUUUCUCAAGUGGUUAGAAUGCAACUCAACCACAAUGAUACCAAGAGGGUUUUAGCGGGUUGUAAGAAGAAUAGGAUUAAACUAUGUGGAGCAAUAACAGCAGCAGGAUUAAUGGCUGCACAUAGCUACAAGAAUAGUUCUAAGAAGUAUGGGAUUAUUACCCUUACUGAUUGUCGUGCCACUCUUGAUCCACCUCUCUCAAAUCAUAAUUUUGGAUUUUAUCACGCUGCCAUCCUCAACAACCAUGUGAUCAAAGGAGGAGAAAGUCUUUGGGAACUAGCCAAAAGAACUUAUGGAGCAUUUGCCAACUCUAAGAACAAUGACAAGCACUUUUCAGACAUGGCUGACAUGAAUUUUCUUAUGUGCAAGGCUAUAGAGAAUCCUAGUUUGACAUCAUCAUCAAGAACAUCGAUAAUGUCGGUGUUCGAGGACACGGUGGUUGAUGACGGAGGCGAAAUGCAACGAGAGGUUGGAGUAGAGGACUACAUGGGGUGUGCUUCGGUUCAUGGUUUGGGACCAUCUAUGGCUAUUUUUGAUACUAUAAGAGAUGGAAGGCUGGAUUGUGUUUGCGUUUAUCCAGCUCCUUUGCACUCUAGGGAACAAAUGCAAGAGCUUAUUAACAAGAUGAAAGCUAUUCUCAUUGAAGGUGGAAAAACUUAUGAGGAUUAAUAUUGUCAUUUAGAGUUAUGUGUAGUUAUGCUUAUUAGUAUCCACCCACUAUGAAUUUAUAUUUUACUUUUCUUUUCAUACCCACCCUUACUACAUCAUUAUUGAACUGAUUAAUAUAUUUAGAAAAUGAUAAGUCGUGUUAAGUCUAUGAUAAUGAGAAAACGCAAUGUUUUUG